AAUUAAGGAUAAGCUUGGAAUUGGAUUGGGAGAGAGUGAAAAUGGAGUUGGAAGCAGUGAAGAGGUAUUUGGAGAAAGGAGUGGGAACAUCAUCGGAGGUUGAUGCUUUGCCACCGAGGUUUUUGGAACCCCUAAUAAUGAAUUCGCUUAAGGUUGAUCUCAUUGAACCUGGUCGCAUUCUCUGUUCCAUGAAGAUACCUCAACGUUUACUCAACGCUGACAAUACGUUGGAAGGUGGUGCCGCCGCUGCGCUGGUGGAUGUGGUGGGUUCCGCCGUGAUUCCCACCGUUGGGUGUGGUCCGAAUACGGGGGUUUCCGUUGAGAUUAAUGUUUCCUACUUGGAUGCUGCCUAUGUCGAUGAGGAGAUUGAGAUCGAGGCCAGAGCACUGCGUGUUGGGAAGGUUGUUGCUGUUAUAAGCGUAGAGUUCAAGAAGAAAAAAACUGGCAAAAUUUUUGCCCAGGGACGACAUACCAAAUUUCUUCCUGCUUCCAGUAAAUUGUGAAGGACCAAAUUGCACCCAAAUAAACGGUUCAAGUUAAAUGUUGUCUCGCCUUUCUGAUUAAGUUUCCUCAAUCUCAUGCAAUUACUUCAAUACUUUGAAUUUUCUGUACCAGUUAUUGUUGUUACAUAGGGGCUUCUCCUUAUUUUUAAACGACGAGGGCCAUGUAUGCUCGAAGUUGUUUUCUAUCUUUUUUAUUUUGAAUCUUAUAAUGUAUGUAUAUAUUUGAAUCUUGACAACAAUUUUUACUUAAAUCUUCAUUUAAUGAUGGAUAUAUAGUCAUGUGGAG